AGCCACCGCGUGCUGGUAUGACGCAUGCUUUAUUGAUUGCGCUUCUUGGAAAUGUAAGGGAUUGUGCUUAUUUUCACUUUCUGUUUACCUAUCCUAAAGCAUCUAAGAUAGCGACUACAGCACAACACAUUUCCUGAUCGACAAGGAAGGACACGUCCUGGAAGUCAAAACAUGGCAACUAUUACCUUUUACCACUACACUGACAAGGCUGGGAAGGACGCUAUCGUCCGUCAGAAACGAAUCCGCCAAAGUGAUGGGGCCAACGAUGCACGGUAUGGGACAGGUGUGUACGGAACAAGCCUAUCUCCGUCUGAAGGACUCAAGAAAAUAGCCUGGAACAAUUGGGAUGGUAUUGUCAACCUAAACAAGGGGAUGCUCAUGAGAGCGGCAUGGGCAAUCGAGGUGAAGCUACCAAAGUCCCAGGUUAAAGAAGUUGGGUCAAAGCGGGAUAUCUUGAUUUACACUGGCGGUGACCUUCAACUUGACGACUACGUCUGGGAGGUCAUCCAGGUUGCCUAGAAGUGAACGAGGAUAUGGUCGCAUUUGCAUUAUUAAAAGUUUUAUUACUUUACAAACUGAAUCAGAAAGAUAGAUUAAGAAUAUUACGUGCUACAACAUAAGAUGAGUGCAGGAUGUACACAAUGUAUGUAUUAUUCUGAAAAGCAGAGGUGUCGGCAAUGUAGAGAACAGACCAGUUACCAACAUGACACUCAGUGGCUUAGUUUGUUACUAACUCAGCUCAGCAGUAAAUAUUGACCUUCAAUUGUA